CGAGUCUUCAUUCGGCCACUUCCUGUCCCACCGGAAGUGAAUACGCGAACGGGGCUGCUGCUUCCAGUACACACACGUGAGAAACAAGCCAAAACAGACAGCAGAUACAAGAUGGACAUUACAGAGGUCUCAACAAGUCAGGACGGCAAAGGGAAGAAGGGCAAGAAAGCGAAGAAGAAGAGCGCGGAGGUUGAUGGGGAAGGCAGCGCGGGGGAGGAGAAGAAGAUGGUGAAGAGCGAGCUGGCUGUUGCCUUUCCUCCCACCUUCAGUGUGUCAGAAAUCAAGAAUAAACAGCGAAGACACUUCAUGUUCAUGAAACUCAAGCAGGAGAAGAGAAAGCAAAAGAUGCAGCUGAGGAAAAAGAGAAGAAAAGAACGUGAAGCUUUAGGUGAUAAGGCACCACCAAAGGAGGUCCCCAAAACAAUAGAAAACCAGAGGGUGUAUGACGAGACAACAGUCGACCCAGAGGAUGAGGAGAUUGCUUUUGACGAGGGGACUGAUGAAUUCUCCGCCUACUUCAACGGGCUGACAAAUCCUAAAGUGCUCAUCACAACAUCAGACAGGCCCAGAGGGAGGACGGUGAGGUUUUGCGAGCAGCUGGCCACAGUCAUCCCAAAUGCCCACGUGUACUACAGAAGAGGUUUGGCCCUGAAGAGGAUCAUACCGCAGUGCGUCGCCAGGAACUUCACCUAUCUCAUGGUCAUCAAUGAGGAUCGACAAGUGCCCAAUGGCAUGGUUCUCUGUCACUUACCUGACGGGCCGACUGCACACUUCAAAGUCAGCAGUGUUCGACUACGCAAGGAGAUGAAGAGACGAGGCAAAAAUCCAACUGAACACUACCCAGAGGUGAUCCUCAACAAUUUCACCACUCGUUUGGGGCACACCAUCGGCCGUCUGUUCGCAGCUCUUUUCCCACAAGAGCCACACUUCGUUGGCAGACAGGUCGCCACCUUCCACAACCAGCGAGACUUCAUCUUUUUCAGAUUUCACAGGUACAUCUUCAAGAAUGAGAAGAAAGUUGGUAUUCAGGAGCUGGGACCACGCUUCACCCUCAAACUCCGAUCUCUACAAAAAGGCACGUUCGACUCAAAGUACGGAGAGUACGAGUGGGUGAUGAAGCGUCAUGAGAUGGAAGCCUGCAGGCGAAAGUUCCAGCUUUGAGAAAAUAAAACUCUUUUCCUGGUCAGAUGGGAAUGAUCGUCUGUUAUCCAAGAUACUUCAGCUGUUUGUGGACUUGCUGAGAUUGACUUUACAAUGCCCUGGCAACUGUUAAAUCUUCAACAACAGCUCAAAUUUCCCUUAAAAGUAUCAUUUCCACUCUUUAUUGUAACAUGACCUACUCAUGGACAUCAAAGGGCUGAGUCUAAUUGUUGGACACAUUUUCUGUUGGACCGUGAAAUGCCCGAGAAGACAUGCAGCAUCCUGCUUCUCUGUAAAUGCUGCUUGUGUGUUAAAAGCUUUAAAAAUGUGACCUGCUCUGACCACAUAUAUGCAAACAUACACCUGGUCCAUCCUGGUUUGUGCGACUGACAGAAGGAGCUUUGAAUAAAGUGCAUUGUGUGACUGCAGGUGGUCAAAUUGUUUAUAUUUAACACAUAAGCACAGUGCAGAUGCUUCUGUAUUCAACAGGAUUCUCAAAAAUCAUCUUGGAUAAUACGUGUGUAUAUUGUUAUUCUAAUAAAACAUUUACUGUGUCUUUAA